AUGAAGAGAGGAGAGCGGGGGAUUGAGGGUACAGCCCUGAUGGUGGUCAGUGAGGAGGAGGUCAAUGGUAACAGGCAGGACGUUGAUGGUAAUGCCACUGAACAUCAAGAGGCGGUGGCGAGACUCAUUGCUGCACAUGUUCAUUGUGUAACAGUUUCUGGACGAUCGACGUGCAAAUUGAAAGGGACGUUUAAUUUGAACAAUUUCAAGAUGCCUGGAGAUGUGAUGGUAGGAGGGAUGUUUCCUAUUCAUUACAGAGUAGUGAGCAUGAACUCAUCUUCCAGCACUUCACCGCAAGCCUCAGGCUGUGAGGGAUUCAAUUUCAGAGCUUUCCGUUGGGCGAGAACGAUGAUGCAUGCGAUCAAUGAAGUCAACCAGGAUAGUUCAAUACUGCCUGGUAUCCAUCUGGGCUACACCAUCUAUGACUCCUGCUUCACCAUUGCCAAAGCCGUUGAAGGAACGCUGACGUAUCUGACGGGGCAGGAUGAAGCUGUGCCCAACUACCGGUGUGGGUCUGGGGCACCCUUGGCGGUACUGAUCGGGGCUGGGGGAUCAGCUCUCUCCAUCGCCACUGCCCGGAUCCUGGGGCUGUACUACUUUCCACAGGUGGAUUAUUCAGCCUCCAGCUUAAUCCUGAGCGACAAGUUUCAGUUCCCCUCCUUUAUCCGCACCAUAGCAAGCGAUACCUUCCAGUCGAUGGCAAUGGCCAAGCUUGUGAUACGAUUCAGGUGGAAAUGGGUUGGCAUGAUUGCGUCAGACGAUGACUACGGCAAGUAUGGCAUCAAACGCUUUAGCGAAGAGGUGGAAAAGGCCGGUGUGUGCAUCUCCUUUUCUGAGACUAUCCCCAAAGUUUACGCCAAGAACAAGAUAGUCCGGAUCGUAGACGCCAUUCAAGAAUCGACUGCCAAAAUCAUUGUGGUCUUCUCCGCUGAUAUCGACCUGAGCUCAUUGAUUGAAGAGGUGGCGCGGCGUAACAUCUCCGACAGAACAUGGAUCGCCAGUGAGGCUUGGAUCACCUCCGCCUUGAUUUCCAAACCAGAAUAUUCCUCGCUGAUGGCUGGGACCAUAGGGUUUGCGAUCCCUCGGGCCGAUAUCCGCGGUCUUUACCAACAUCUCAUGGAGAUAAAUCCACAAAAAAACGGAGACAAACUGGAAACCGAGUUCUGGGAGGAAGCCUUUGACUGCAUGUUUUCCGAGAGCGGUGCGGCAGUCGGUAGAAUGGCAGAUUACAAAACAGCAGCGUACAACAGAACGAGGACUAAUGCUAGAAUUCAUAAUAUUCUCCCUCUUUCUCAGCGGCCAUGUGAUGGAAACGAGAAUUUGAAAGAUAUUGAAAAUACGUACACCGAUGUAUCCCAGCUGAGGCUGACGUACAGUGUGUAUAAAUCUGUAUACACCGUGGCUCAUGCUCUUCACAAUAUGUAUACCUGUAAGCCAGGUGAAGGUCCAUUUGUAAAUGGGUCGUGUACAGACAUCCUAGACUUUCAGCCUUGGCAGCUUAUGUAUUACCUGAAAAAUGUUCGUUUUCAGAGCCUUUUAGGCGAGGAGAUAUAUUUUGAUGCCAAUGGAGAUGUUGAUGCAAUGUAUGACAUUAUAAACUGGCAGAGGACCUCCAAUGGGUACAUCAGCUACAAGGUCGUAGGCAGUUACAAUGGGACUGCGGCAGCUGGAAAGGAGAUGACCAUCUACAAUGACUCUAUCAUUUGGCGUGAUGGCCAGGCUACGCCUCCAGUGUCCAUGUGCAGUGAAAGCUGUCGGCCUGGCACCAGGAAGGGGAUCAAACAAGGAGAGCCCAUUUGUUGCUUUGAUUGCAUUCGAUGCGCUGAUGGUGAGAUCACCAAUAAAACUGAUUCGAGAGAAUGCAUUCAGUGCCCUGAAGAUUACUGGUCGAAUGCAAAAAGGGAUGAAUGCGUGCAUAAAGUGAUUGAAUACCUCGGUUACAAUGAUCCUUUGGGCAUAGCAUUAAUUGCAUUGUCUGUAUUUGGGGCUUGCAUUUCUUUUGCCAUGGCUAUAGUUUACAUUGCCCGUAAAGACACGGCCCUUGUGCAGGCUAACGACUGUGGGCUGAGUUUAGUGCUGUUGUUUUCACUUGCUAUCUGCUUUCUCAGCUCCAUUGUAUUUGUGGGCCUGCCCGUGGCGUGGUCUUGCAUGACACGCCAGGUCCUCGUUGCUGUCAGCUUUGCUGUCUGUCUUUCCUGCAUGUUAUCCAAGGCCGUUAACCUGAUGCUCAUAGCCAAGGCUGAUAGAGCCGAGGGGGGAGGGGGGAAACAAUUGGGCCCUCAUCAGCAAAGAAUGCUUACGUUGGUUUCCAUUCUGUGUCACGCCUGCCUGUGUACAGCUUGGCUCCUCAUCUUCCCUCCUUACCCUAUCAAGAACACACUGUCCCAAAACAUCAAAAUCAUUAUGGAAUGCAACGAGGGCUCUGUCGCAUUUCUGUGUUGCGUGUUAGGCUACGAUGCAUUGCUGGCUGGAGUCUGCUUCUUCUUUGCAUUCGUUGCGCGCCAAAUGCCCGACAACUUUAAUGAAGCCAAGUUCAUGACCUUCGCCCUGCUUGUCUUUUUUAUCGUUUGGAUUUCUUUCAUCCCAGCCUACCUAAGCACCCGGGGUAAAUACAUGGUGGCUGUAGAAAUGUUUGCCAUUCUAGCUUCUGGUUUUGGCUUGCUGGCUUGCCUUUUUGUUCCCAAGUGUUACAUUAUCGUACUGAAGCCCGAGAGGAACACAGAGGAAUUAGUUAAGGGCGUCACUAGUAACCGGGAAAAGAGCUCUCCAUCAACCUCGCAGUCAGUCUCUGCUGUAAGCACUGCCUGUUCAACAGUAACACUCAAUACCUAA